AUGGAAAGGGUUACCUUUUCUAUUUUGCAUCGGAAACUCGCCUUCGUUAACUUUGAUGGCUGGGACGCCGUGACAGAGGAGGAUGUUUACAAAGGCGUUCCGCGCUGCUAUGCGAUGUUUAUGCGCACUUUCCUCUUUUCUUUCCCCCGCGCCACUGCAGCUUUGAUGCGCAAGUAUCCAUGGUUCUGUAUCGAAGCAGAAGACGCGUCUCUCGGUCAGGCUGUUUUGCGCUUGUUGGGUCAGGAGUUGGGACACAAACCUUCUCUAACACCAAUGCAGUUUAUAGCCCCCAAAUAUGCUUCCACAAAAAUGAAAGCAUGUAUAGAAUUGUUUGAUCUUUUAAGUGGAUGGGAAACUCGUGAGAAGGAUCGUGAAGCAUCACACACUAUCAUGGGUGGUGCCAUGGCACAAAAAAAAGAACCGCAUCUGAUUACUCAAGACUCCUUCUCGCAUCAUUUGGAGAGAGAGUUGAAUCAUAUAAAUCAAAGAAAAAAGGCACUUGAUCGUAUAACUCGUGUGUAA